AUGCAGGGCGUCCUCGAUCCGUACGUGCCGCCCGAGGGUGACGGCAAGUUCUCGGUGCUGAGCAAGGCGGGCGCCCAGCAGAAGGCGAAGCACCUGAAGCAGAAGGGCAGCUCGAUGCUCGCCCUGCGGAAGAUCAAGGCCUACGAGGACGACUUUGACGUGCCCACCUUCGCCGAGGACGCCCAGAAGAUCUACAUUCGCGCCCACGAGCUGCUGGCCGCCGGGCGCGAGCACCGCGUGAUCGGUCGCGAGGAGGACGACCUCCUCCUCGAGUACGUCACCGAGUUCGCCUACCCGCUGAUGACCUACCAGACGGAGCGGAAGACGAUUCGCUGGACGUACAUCGGCCAAAAUGAGCGCCCCGAGGUGAUUCAGAUGCGCACGCAGAGCAUGAUCGACAAGGAGAACAUGUUCGCGCAGAUCACCGUCCGCCUGAACACGCGGCAGAUCUUGGCCGUCUACGACCGCUUCGCCCACCUCAUUCACGGCAGCGAGGCGGUGGUGAAGGACGUCCUGGAGUACGCCGUCUUCGAGAAGAACAUCUCCGACUACAAUGGCCGCUGGCGCCUCCACUCCAAGAUCGUCCCCGAGUGGUCCGCCCCCAAGGAGGCCAUCAGGCAGACGUUUGUUCGCGAGGAGGCACCGGCGCCGCCCACUGAAGAGGAGAUCAAGUUCAUCGAGCAGGGCAUCGUCAGCAGUGAAAAGGGGGCGAAGAAGGAGGAGUGA